AUGGAGGACAUCGAGGACGUGCUGGGACCGGCCGGGUUUUCCGGCGGCGGAGCUCCUCCCGGGCUCCGCCUACCCCUCUCCACUGUCGCCGUCAAGCCCAAGCGCAGGUCGUCCAAGCUCCUGCAGACGCAGGCCCAGCCCGAUGCCCGGAUCCCAGGCACGCAGACGAUAUACGUCAAGACAUUCGGGUGCUCACAUAACCAGAGUGACAGUGAAUACAUGUCGGGGCAGCUCUCCGCGUUUGGAUAUGCAAUUACUGAAGAGCCCGAAGGAGCUGAUUUGUGGCUAAUUAACACAUGCACUGUGAAAAAUCCAAGUCAAUCUGCCAUGUCAACUCUCAUAUCAAAAUGCAAGACGGCAAACAAGCCACUGGUUGUAGCUGGCUGUGUGCCACAAGGAAGCCGGGAUCUGAAGGAGCUUGAAGGUAUUAGUAUAAUAGGAGUGCAGCAGAUAGAUCGGGUUGUUGAAGUAGUUGAGGAAACUUUAAAAGGGCAUGAGGUUCGGUUGUUGAGUCGGAAAACACUGCCCUCACUUGAUUUACCCAAGGUUCGAAAGAAUAAAUUUAUUGAGAUUCUUCCAAUAAAUGUUGGGUGUCUAGGCGCUUGCACUUACUGCAAGACCAAGCAUGCUCGUGGUCAUCUUGGAAGCUAUUCUAUAGACAGCUUGGUAGAUCGUGUGAAAAUUGUUGUCUCAGAAGGUGUUCGCGAGAUAUGGUUGAGCAGUGAAGAUACUGGUGCUUAUGGUAGGGAUAUCGGUACAAAUCUUCCGAAUCUCUUAAAUGCAAUUGUUGCUGAGCUUCCUGCAGACAGAAGCACAAUGCUUCGCAUAGGGAUGACAAAUCCUCCUUUUAUACUGGAGCAUUUGAAUGAGAUAGCUAGUGUUUUGCGCCAUCCUUGUGUUUAUACUUCCCUUCAUGUUCCUGUGCAAUCAGGCAGUGAUGCUGUUUUAAAGGCAAUGAAUCGUGAAUACACUGUCAGUGAGUUCAGAAUGGUAGUUGGUACUCUCUGUGAGCUUGUCCCGGGCAUGCAAAUUGCCACGGAUAUUAUUUGUGGCUUUCCUGGCGAAACUGAUGAAGAUUUUGUUGAAACGGUUAACCUUAUAAAAGAGUAUCAGUUACCUCAAGUUCACAUAUCACAGUUUUAUCCCAGGCCAGGAACACCUGCUGCUAGGAUGAAGAAAGUGCCUAGCAUUGAAGUGAAAAAACGAAGCCGUGAAUUGACCUCAGUUUUCGAAGCUUUUUCACCAUACGAAGGACUGAAAGGCAAAGUGGAGAGGAUAUGGAUUACUGAAAUAGCUACCGAUGGUGUUCAUUUGGUUGGACAUACCAAAGGGUAUAUCCAGGUCCUUGUCAUUGCUCCAGAUAGUAUGCUAGGAACAUCAGCUGAUGCGAAGAUCACGUCUGUCGGAAGAUGGUCUGUAUUUGGUGAAGUGAUAGAAGGAACCGUUGCAAUAAAGGAAGCAGCACUUGAACAAAAUUCUGCUGAAGUGCAGGUAAAAAACAGCCCAAAUCGUGUUGAGGAAGCCGCUUGUUCUACAAACACCUGCGAUUCCUGUGCAUGCUCGGGUGCAGAAAGCGCAGCACAACAAUGUACUCCACAGCAAUGUGAAGGGCCAUCUGAUGCACCGACAAAUUGUGGUGACGCUACUCGUCAGGAAACACCUCAAUCUACGCUUGUGAGAAGAAAUGUCGAGGGGGCAGGGAAAACAAGUGAAAGUGAUACAGAAAAAUCUAGAGGGGACGAUCAGCAGGUAAAUGUGAUUACCAGGGGAGCACUAAACAUUGACAGGAUUCUUUGGGGUGGUUUGGCCGUAAGCUUUGCCACAACACUAGCCAUACUUGUGCUGCUUACCUGCAAGAUUUUUUACACGUCCUCCUAA